AUGGCAUAUCCUGUUCGAGCCGUUCUUCUUUUCUCCCAUCGACCAAAGAAACAAAAAUUGGAUCGUGAAAAUGGAAACGUCUUGGUUGAUUCAGGGCAUACCCGUCUCCAUGAGCUCGGUUACAAACAAGAGCUCAAGCGUGAUCUCUCGGUGAUUUCCAACUUUGCGUUUUCAUUUUCUAUCAUCUCUAUGCUUACUGGUGUAACCGCCCUUUACAACACUGGGUUAAAGUUUGGUGGGCCAGUGUCUUUCUCUAUCGGCUGGUUAAUAGCCGGGACUUUCACCAUGUUUGUUGGGUUUUCCAUGGCUGAGAUUUGUUCCUCUUUCCCAACCUCUGGUGGACUCUACUAUUGGAGUGCUAAGCUUGCUGGCCCAAGCUGGGCACCUUUUGCCUCAUGGUUAACUGGCUGGUUCAACAUUGUUGGUCAGUGGACUGUUACAACGAGUGUAGAUUUUUCACUUGCACAGCUGAUUCAAGUGAUCAUUCUACUUAGCACAGGUGGGAAGAAUGGAGGUGGAUAUGAGGCAUCUAAAUAUGUUGUUAUAGGUUUCCACGGGGGGAUUUUACUCCUACAUGCUAUCAUUAACAGUCUUCCAAUCUCUUGGUUAUCUUUAUUUGGACAGUUAGCUGCAGGAUGGAACAGUGUAGGUGUAUUUGUUCUUAUGAUUCUCAUUCCCUGUGUUGCAACAGAAAGGGCUAGUGCCAAGUUCGUUUUCGCUUACUUCAACACCGAUAAUGGUGAUGGAAUCAAUAAUAAAUUAUACAUAUUCAUUCUGGGCCUUCUAAUGAGUCAGUACACGCUUACUGGGUAUGAUGCCUCUGCUCAUAUGACAGAGGAAACUAAGAAUGCUGAUAAGAAUGGACCAAGAGGAAUAAUAAGCUCCAUUGGGAUAUCUAUUAUUGUUGGAUGGGGUUACAUACUUGGAGUCACCUUUCCCAUUUGGGUUUCUCAAAUUUAGUUCAGCUAAUUUUCU